UCUCUGGAACUUCCGUACGCUCGCCGGAAACCGCCACUUAACAGCUGUCUCUCUUCCUUGCGCUCGCUCUUCGGUCGUCCACCGGCUGUCUCGCUGUUUGUUCUCUCUUGGCGGUCAGCCACCUUCCUCCGGGCCAUCCUUCACCGGCGUUCUGUCUCCUGCAGAUUUGGCGGCAGAAUCUGUCUCCGGCGGACACCACAUUUUUCUGUUGCUCAUUGUGGCUACCUUUUGUUCUUCUAAAUGGACAUUUCAAGCUCACACUUGGAGAAUGAGGGUGAAAUUGAAUCUUUACGGAUACAUAUUUCAAGUGACGAUGCAUCAACUGACGAAGACGACCCUAAAAUUGAGUUGGAUGAUGAAGAGGAGUUUGAUGAUAAAGAAGACAAUGGCUCACUAUACGAAAUAAUAGAUGGGAAUGGUAAAGUUGAAGAACCUAAGAGUGGAAGUACGUUUAGUUCGUUGGAAGAAGUUGUCUCCUACUAUAGGAAGUAUGCAAAGCAAAUUGGUUUUGCUGUAAUAAGAAGAGGCAUCAAAAAGAAAGCAAGGCAAGAUCAAGCAAACACAAGUCAACAUCUAUUGCCUUCUGGAAUUGAUGAUCAACACGAUUGUAUAAUUUGUACUCAGGUUGAUCUACGAUGGAUAUUGUUUGUAAUUCCUCUCCCUUUGAGCCAAUGA